UUGACGCUCCAGCGGAAGCUACCGUUCGCCGUUUCCCGUAGUCAUCGCCGCUGAGCCCACAAAGAAGCACUCGUCCUUUUUCAAGCGCUUGCUACAUUCGAACAGAAAUGCCGCUGGAGAACUUGGAAGAAGAGGGUCUCCCCAAGAACCCCGACCUGAGGAUAGCGCAGCUGAAGUUCCUGCUGACCAUGGAGGGCCACCGGGAAGACGCGCAGGUCAAGACCGAGCUCAUGGAUGCUAUCAAAGCUAACAACAUGGCGCCGUACUACGAGACGCUCUGCAAGGAGCUGAAGUGGCAACUGGACGGUGACCUGGUUGCCAAAAUGAAGAAGGCCAAUGAGGAGGAGCUGAAGCGGCUGGACGACGUCCUGGAAGACGCAGAGAAGAACCUGGGAGAGAGCGAGAUCAGGGACGCCAUGAUGGCCAAAGCAGAGUACCUGAUCCGCAUAGGAGACAAGGAGGGCGCUCUGACGGCCUUCAGGAAAACCUACGACAAGACUGUGGCUCUGGGUCACAGGCUGGACAUCGUCUUCUACCUGCUGAGGAUCGGCCUCUUCUACAUGGACAGCGACCUCAUCACGCAGAACUCCGAGAAGGCCAAGAGCCUGAUCGAGGAGGGCGGUGACUGGGACAGGAGGAACCGUCUGAAGGUCUACCAGGGCCUCUACUGCGUGGCCAUCCGGGACUUCAAACAGGCCGCCGAGCUCUUCCUGGACACCGUGUCAACCUUCACCUCCUACGAGCUGAUGGACUACAAAACCUUCGUCACCUACACCGUCUACGUCUGCAUGAUCGCCCUCAAGAGACCGGACCUGCGUGAGAAGGUCAUCAAAGGUGCAGAGAUCCUGGAGGUGCUCCACAGCCUGCCGUCCGUGCGUCAGUACCUGUUCUCCCUCUACGAGUGCCGCUACUCCACCUUCUUCCAGAGCCUGGCAAGAGUCGAGCAGGAGAUGAAGAAGGACUGGCUCUUCGCGCCACACUACCGCUACUACGUGAGGGAGAUGAGGAUCCAAGCCUACAGCCAGCUGCUGGAGUCCUACCGCUCACUCACACUGGGCUACAUGGCCGAGGCCUUCGGGGUCAGCACCGAGUUCAUCGACCAGGAACUGUCGAGGUUCAUCGCCGCCGGACGUCUGCACUGUAAAAUCGACAAGGUCAACGAGAUCGUGGAAACCAACAGGCCCGACAGCAAAAACUGGCAGUACCAGGAGACCAUCAAGAAGGGAGACCUGCUGCUCAACAGAGUCCAGAAGCUGUCUCGAGUCAUUAACAUGUAACCGCCACCUCCGUGUUUUUCUUCUGUGUGUAAAUAAUAAACUUUGUCUAACAGCCACUUGUCUGAGCAAAAAC